UGCGUCCGGCCCGCAGGGCAGAUCUACUGGGCCAAAGACAUCAUCUUCCUGGUGACGGAACACGACCUUCUGGGCACCGAGGCUUGGCUGGAAGCCUACCACGACGUCAACGUCACUGGCAUGCAGUCCUCCCCGCUGCAGGGCCGCGCCGGGGCCAUCCAGGCGGCCGUGGCCCUGGAGCUGAGCAGCGAUGUGGUCACCAGCCUGGACGUGGCCGUGGAGGGGCUCAAUGGGCAGCUGCCCAACCUUGACCUGCUCAACCUCUUCCAGACCUUCUGCCAGAAAGGGGGGCUGCUGUGCACACUGCAGGGCAAGCUGCAGCCCCAGGACUGGACAUCAGAUGGGCCACUGCAGGGUCUGCAGACGCUGCUGCUCAUGGUUCUGCAACAGGCCUCUGGCCGCCCCCACGGGCCCCACGGCCUCUUCCUGCGCUACCGUGUGGAGGCGCUGACCCUCCGUGGCAUCAACAGUUUCCGCCAGUAUAAGUACGACCUGGUGGCCGUGGGCAAGGCUCUGGAGGGCAUGUUCCGGAAGCUCAACCACCUGCUGGAGCGUCUGCACCAGUCCUUCUUCUUCUACCUGCUCCCCGCCCUCUCCCGCUUUGUCUCCAUCGGCCUCUACAUGCCUGCGGCUGGCUUCUUGCUCCUGGUCCUUGGUCUCAAGGCCCUGGAACUGUGGAUGCAGCUGCAUGAGGCUGGAGUGGGCGCUAAGGAGGCUGGGGCCGCCUCUGGGCCCAGCCCUCCCCUCCCCCCAGCACAGGGCGUGGGGCUGGCUUCCCUUGUGGCGCCCCUGCUAAUCUCACAGGCCAUGGGCCUGGCCCUCUACGUCCUGCCAGUGCUGGGCCAGCACGUGGCCGCCCAGCACUUCCCUGUGGCUGAGGCUGAAGCGGUGGUGCUGACGCUGCUGGCCAUCUACGCCGCCGGCCUGGCCCUUCCCCACAACACCCACCGUGUGGUGAGCACACAGGCCCCAGACAAGGGCUGGAUGGCACUGAAGCUGGUAGCCCUGAUCUACCUGGCACUCCAGCUGGCCUGCAUCGCCCUCACCAACUUCUCCCUGGGCUUCCUGCUGGCCGCCACCAUGGUGCCCGCUGCUGCACUCACUGAGCCCAGGGGGCCCCGGCCACUCUAUGCUGCCCUGCUGGUGCUGACAAGUCCAGCAGCCGCACUCCUGGGCAGCCUGUUCCUGUGGCGGGAGCUGCAAGAGGCCCCGCUGUCGCUGGCCGAGGGCUGGCAGCUCUUCCUGGCGGCGCUGGCCCAGGGCGUGCUGGAGCACCACGUCUACGGCGCCCUGCUCUUCCCGCUGCUGGCGCUGGGCCUCUACCCCUGCUGGCUGCUCUUCUGGAAUGUUCUCUUCUGGAAGUGAUGUCUGCUUGCCCUGUGGCACGAAGACUGUGGCGGGAACUCCCCAAACACCCCCAUCGUCUCCUUCCUAGGAAAUAAACAGGUGUCUUGUUUGAGCUG